AUGGCACCCAUGGCUGAAAAGAUUGAGAACCGCGGACCUGAGCUUUUGGGCGUCAACAUCUUCUUCGUCACGACGGCAAUCAUUGCCACGGCGUUGAGAUGUUACGUCAGGGCAUUCUUGGUCAAGGCUUUUGGACGAGAUGACUGGCUCAUGGUUUUGGCUUUGGCCUUCUUCACAGCCUACUCUUCUUUCUCGAUAGCAGGUGUUCACUAUGGCACCGGCCGGCAUUUCAAGGACCUUACUGUGGAGAAUAUCCAAAGCGCAAUGCAGUGCUGGUGGUACUGCUACCUGUUCUAUGCCCUCAGUAUGAUCACGUCGAAGAUGUCCAUCGCCUAUUUCCUCCUCCGAAUCGCCACGACGAAGGCCCACCAAUGGGUCAUCUACACCGCAAUGUUCUUCACCGUACUUUCUGGAGUGGUCUUCUUCUUCGUCACACUCUUCCAGUGCAUGCCGGUGAACUACUUCUGGAACAAGCACAUCCCCGGAAGCUGCAUUGAUAUCAACAUCGUCAUCGGCUUGGCGUUCCUGUACAGUUCCUUCAGUGUCAUCUCUGACCUGACCUUUGCGGUCCUGCCAGUCUUUUUAGUCUGGGGGCUUCAACUCAAGACAAAGGCCAAGCUCGCUCUGAUUCCGUUGUUGAUCAUGGGUUGUGUUGCAAGCUCAGCAGUUCUGGUGCGCUUUGGAUACCUCAUGAAACUCAAGGAUCCAGACUUCCUAUGGGCAACACUCGACACCGCCAUCUGGUCCUCAGUCGAACAGGGUCUUGCUAUUACCGCCGGCAGUCUAGCAACGGUUCGUCCCCUCCUCAAGCUUCUCGGUUACAAACUCGGCAUGACGUCGGAUCCAUCUCGUAUGCGGGUGACCGAUGAAGCUGCCAGACGCCCCUCUGCCUUUAUGAACACGACUCAGCACACAAAGAACGGCCAGCCUCAUGAAAACCACGAAGACGCCUAUGGUUUAUCUGUUUUCCCUUGCAAAUGCUGCGGCAACUACAAGUGUGACAAGAGACAGAGUGGUACAUCAUCCAAGGGGAGGAGGCGGUCAAGUCUGGGUUUUCCUUCAAAGUCGAAGAAGGACGAGCCACACGCCUUGCAAAACGUCAAAUCUGUUAGCGAAAGUGAGGAGGAUUUGAAUGUGGAACGAGCGAGAAGAGAUUCGCAUGAUUCACAGGGUGUAGUUCCCCAAAGUUUUCUGAAUACGGAACAAAAGUAUUAA